AUGGCGAUCGCGCGGAGCCACGUCGUGUCACGCCCAGCCGCGGGAGCGCGGUACGGGUCGUCGCCGGACCUGCUGGCAACGUCGCUGCAGCAGUCGUUCCGGUACGCGCGGCUGUGGACGGCGUUCCAGCAGUUCUUCGGCUUCUUUGCCUUCCUCCUCACGCUCUGGUUCGUCACCUCGCGCCCCUGGCACUCCGCCGACUCCCGCGCCGCAAACUCCGCCGCAAACGCCGGCGCGACCUCCCGUCUCGGCGGAAGCUCCGGAAGCGGCUUCACCGGCGGGAGCAGCGCCGGCGGCGGCGGCGGAAAACUGACGGGUCCGGCGGCAUACGUAGUGGUGGUGUGCGACGAGUCACAGUUAAAGUCCGCCAUGGUCCUCGUGCACUCGAUCCGAUCCACCAAGACGGAGCAUGAUAUCGUCGUGCUCGCGCGCAACCUCUCCGGCACGCCGCGCCACAUCUUCCGCGCGCUCGGCGCCACCGUCAACCCGCUUCCGCGCGGCGUCCCCGCGUCCGUGCUCGCGCUGCUCGACGACCCCUUCCGCCCCGUCGCCGCCUCCGCCCUCGGCAACCAAUCUUCCGCGCACGCCGCCGCCGCGGGAGGGGCCUCCGCCGACCCUUUCUCCGCAUCCUUCUCCGCGAACCCCGCGGCGGAGUUCUCCCCACCCUUCCCCCCGACCACCUUCGCGGACCCUUUCUCCUUCAGCUCCGUCUACUCCCCGCCGCCGCACCCCGCCGCGCUCGCCGAGUGCCUGCCCUUCAAAUUCUCCAUGUGGCUGCUCCGUCAAUACUCCAAGGUCGUCUAUCUCGACCCGCGCAUGCUCGUUCUCGAGAACAUUGACGACGUGCUGGCUCGGCCCGAGCCUACCGCAGCUCCGGAUAACUCCCUGCCUGACCGGUUCAACCCGAGCCUGCUGGUGCUGGAGCCGAGCGUGGCGACGUACCGCCAGCUGGUGGCGGAAUACGCCGCCAUCGCGUUCGGCGAUGCGGACAGCGACAGUGACAGCGCGCGACGCACCCUUGCAGCAACAGACUCCGACCAGGCGCAGACGCAGCAGGAGGGGCAGCCUCAGCAGCAGCAGCAGCAGUGGGGGUUGCAGCGGCGCCUGCGGCGGGGACCAGUGCUGCCAGUGGGGUCGGAAGAUCUGAUUUUCUUCAACCAUUUCUUCUCGGACUGGCCGCAGCUGGGCGCGCAGCACCACCUGGACUACGGGUGCAACGCGCCGUCCCGCCUGGGGUACUCCGCCACGUGGAACGAGUGGGUGCACCCCAAGCUCAAGGUCGUACGCUUCGCAGGCGGCUUCGAGCGCUGGGACGAGCUGACGGACAAGCUGUACCCGCCCACGCGGCGCUACGACCACCUGCGCUGGGAGCUGCUGCGGGACAUGUCGGGGCUGCUGGUGCAGCACGGGGUCAUAGCGCCGGGGGACGCACUGCCCAGCCCGCUGUGCCAGACGGACUUCAUGCAGUAUGCGCGCGGGGCGCCCGUGCCGCGGAAGCUGUCGGUGGUGAUCCUCACGGGCGGGGAUCUGACGACGCUGCAGACGCUCAUAUUCCACUUUGCCGCCAUGCGGUUCGUGCACAUGAUCUACGUCAUGGCCAAGCCCAGCGACGCCCCGGGAGGGCGGAGUGCUGCUGCUGCCGCCGGUGUGGGGGGGGAGUCGUCGGGAGGAUUCAACCUUGGCGGCAGCAGCGGGGGGAACACAGGGAGCAGCAGCAGUGGUGGCAGUGCGUGGGCGCAGGGGCACACGCAGAGCAUCCUAGCAGCGGCCAUCGAGUCAUGGAACGCCAGCAAGCCCGUGGAGCUGCUCCCGCCGCUCCGCCGCUACUCCAUGUCGGCGCGCAUGCGCCCCAUCGCGUCCCUCCCCACGGACAGCGUGCUCAUGUGCGACGACUCCGUGAUGGUGGGCGCGUCCGUGCUCUCCUCCGCGUUCAAGUUCUGGCAGGAGCAGCCGCAGCGCCUCGUGGGGUUCUUCCCGUCGGCGCACUACAGGGAUCCGCACACGAGCGAGCUGGUGUUCGUGGCUGACCCAAGAGAGGAGUACUCCAUGGUGGGGGCGCGCCUGCUGCUGCUGCACGCCGACUAUCUUCAAUCGUACACGUGCACGCUGCCGCAGCAAGUACGAGACUACAUAGAGAUGUCACCCCAGUGCGCCGACACCGCUCUCAACUUCCUCGCCUCCGAGCUCACGGACGCGGCGCCCCUCCUCGUGGUGGACCCCGACAAGCGCGUGACGGAGGACCUGGCGUCGUCGUUUGAGGACCACACGCGCGUGGGGUCGGCGUGCCUCAACGACCUGGAGGCGUUCUUUGGCGACAUGCCGCUGCGCAACUCCACGCUCGCCAAGUUCCACCUGGAGCAGGACACCUUCACCAAGAUGCAGUUCAAUAAGGCCGGAGGCGGGGGAGGCGGGGGAGGAGGGGGCGCAGGGGGAGGGGAGGGGGAGAAGGACGGGGGGCUGCAGUGGGAGGCGCUGUUUGAUGCCACCAAGAUGUCGUCCAGUGAUGAGAACUUCCGCUUCAUGCCCUCCCUCAGACGGGUAACCAACAUGCCAGAGGUGCACGUCUUCCCCUCCCCGCAGCACCCCAAGCAGAUCCUCUGCAUCCUGGGGAACCUCUCCACACCGCUCUGCUUCUCCGGGGGCGCGUGCAACAACUCGUUCGCCAUCGCCACCUUCGACUCCAUCCCGCCAUCCGCCCUCAUGCUGCUGGGCACGUCGCUGCUGCUGCACUCGCGCUACGGCUUUGACGACCGCUUCCACACGCCCAACAUCCUGGCCAACCUCUUCUACCCCUACCCCGACUACUCCUUCAUGCGCCCCGCCCGCGCCUUCUUCUACCGCCGCGGCGGGCUCGACAUGCGCCUGUCGCCGUGGUCGCGCCUGCUAUUCAAGGCCAUUCUCGGGGCGCACAUCGCGCCGUUCCGCGUGCGCAACGGCACGCGCCCCGUGUGCUUUGAGCGCGCCGUGAUGACGCGGCGGUACCGCCCGGCAGCGCAGGAGAGGAGCAUCGUGCUGCAGGACGUGCAGGAGCGCGCCUGGGCCUACUGCUCCCUCGCCGCCUCCUCCAUCCCUUCUCCCUCUGCUACCGACGCUGCUGCCACCACCGCUGCUGCUGCUGCUGCCGCUGUGAACAGCACCGCAGGGGCAGGGGCGGGGGCGGCCCAGCAGCAUCCGAUGGCGGGGGUGCCGCCGGGGCUGCGGGGGUUUGUGAGUUCCGACGCCCACACGAUUCGCGUGCUGGUGCUGUAUGGGGACGCGGACAGUGGGGGGUACGGCAUGAUGGAGAACCUGCAGGCCGUGCUCAAGGGGCUGAGGGACCGCUGCCACAAGGCCACUGCUUGUGAACUGGUGGCCGUGAGGGAGGCCAAUUUCACCAACUUCUGUGCGCAGGUGCUAUUUAUGGGGGCAGCAUCGAUGCUGGUGACAGUGAGUGGAGACGGCACCAUGAACCAUGUCAUGUGGAUGCGUCCCGGCAGUGCUGUCUUGGAGCUCGUGCCCUUCGGCAUCCCCGAGUACGACCCACGCGUGCUGCGCGUGUAUGAAGAGGCCUCCAGGUGGGUGAGGGUGGAGCACGACAAGGUGUUUGAGCUCAUGGGCCCCGAGUGUCCGCGCAAGAACGCCUCGUGCCGCUUCAUGUACCGCCGCCGCGCCAUCGUGGCCAACGUGACAGCUGUCAUGGCGUGGUUCGACGCCACGUACUCGCGCAUGCGCACCGAGGGGAAGGAGGGCACGCUGGGCGGCAGAUAUGAUUACCCCGCGGAAGCCCUCGCCCGCAUCGAUGCUCUGCGCGCAUGCUCGGAGCGGGUCUUCAGUCACCACAUGACACGUCAUUCCGAGAUCAUGGACGGCCACGACCGGUCGGGUCGGAGCGUCGUGACGGCAGCAGCAGCGCGCCCAAGUUGGCGCCGAGCAGGCGUCGUUGCUCUCCGCUCUCGCUCCUUGUGUGUCGGCCUCUCCCGCCGCGAGGUGAAUCCACCACCUUUCCGCUUCCUCCCUGCGCUCCUUCACCAACCAUUCACCACUCUCCUCCAUCUCAUCCCUCGCCCAUCACUCGCCCCCUCGCCCUCUUGGAUUCGCGCUGAGAUUGGCAGUUCAGGAGUGGGGGUAGUGACUGAAGCACCUGGGGUGCUAGAAGGGCAGGGAGCACCAUGGCAGGGAUUGGAAGGGUUGGUGAGAGCGCUAGCAGAGCAGGUGGAGGGGGCAAGGAGGGAGGUGGCGGCAGUGAGGGGCGAGUUGGCCGAGUUGGUGGAGCACAAGGAGCGACUGCCAGGGCUGCAAGAAGCUCUCGCACCCACUCACCUUGCCACCCAGCGGUUUUGGGAGGCGCUUCUGUCAGUGUGGGUGUGA